CAUUUCAUUACAACCUCGACAUUUAGCUUAUUUUCCCGCCAUCGCUUUCUUUUUAAAAGGGCAUUUAAAUAAUUGUUACGGCUAAUCUCUGGAUUUGAGGUAAAUCAAGUUGUUAGUUCAAAGCAUUAUUUGAAAUGGAUGCAAGAUUCCUGUACCCUCUGCAGAGUUGCAAGAUUAUCCAUUUGGUGAGGCAUGGGCAGGCAAUGCACAAUGUGGAAGCGGAGAAGGAUCGGAAUGCAUUGUUAUCUCCUCACCUUUUCGACCCUCCUCUCACUGAUCUCGGCCACGAGCAGCUUGAGAACUUGCGAAAACAUGUAGUUGGAAGCGGCCUACUAAAGAGGGUCGAGCUAGUCGUGACCUCGCCCUUGUUUAGGGCUAUGCAAACUGCUGUUGGCGUUUUUGGAAGUGAAGAUCAAUCGCAUAUCUCUAGUAGCCCUCCGAUUUGCGCUCUUGAGCUGGCUCGUGACCGUAAUGGAUUGCGUCCUCCCGAUAUGAGAAGAAACGUGAGCGAGUCCCAAGCUCUUUUCCCUACCAUCGAUUUCUCUCUGAUGGAAAGCGAAGAGGAUAACCUUUGGAACCCCGACGUUAGAGAGUCGGAAGAAGAGCUCCUAGCUAGAGGAUUAGAGUUCAUGAAAUGGUUGUGGACAAGACCGGAGAAGGAGGUCGUAGUCGUGAGCCAUGGAAUAAUGUUGCAGCAUAUGCUGUAUGUGUUUGCCAAUGACUGCCAAGAUUCAGUUCGACAUGAGUUGUGUAAGAGGUUUGGUAAUUGUGAAAUUCGCACGGUCGUAAUCGUCGACAAAAGUCUGAAUUCUUCAAUGAUUCAUUGAUUCAAGGGAGAGAAUCUCAAAGAAACUCUUGAUCACAGCUGCUAAACGUCGGAAAUAUCUUUAUUUUUUUUAUUUCUUUAAAUUCAUCAUUGUAUUUAGAACCUUUUUUUGUAUUAAU